GCUGUCAGUGCUGGUCCGGUCGGGUCGCCGAGUCCUACAUUCCUCUGGUGUUAUGGCCACUCCAUCGCAGCUGCAGGCUCUGCUCCAGGCCGUCAACGCCUUGCUGCGCCAACGCCGCUACCAUGCCGCCUUGGCCGUGGUUAAAGGCUUCCGAAACGGGGUUGUCUAUGGAGUCAAAAUCCGGGCUCCUCACGCACUGGUCAUGACACUUCUCUUCAAGAGUGGCAGCCUCCAGGAGAAGCUGAGGACCAUCCUGCAGUCCACCUACACCCACUCCCGGAACCUGGCCUGCUUUGUGUGCGCCUAUAAGAGUCUGUGUGCCCUGCAGUCCCAUGUGCAAGGCAAGACCUACCCCGUGCACUCUUUCCUAGCUGCCUUUGUUGGGGGCCUCCUAGUGUUUGGAGACAACAAUAGCAUCAACAGCCAGAUCAACAUGUACUUGACCUCGAGAGUCCUGUUCGCCCUGUGCCGCCUGGCUGUGGAGAAGGGCUACAUUCCUGAGGUCAAAUGGAAUGUGUUCUCUUUGCACACGGCAGUGAUCUGGGGGCUGGUGCUGUGGCUCUUUGAAUACCACCGGCCCACGCUGCAGCCUUCUCUGCAGUCCUCUAUGACCUACCUGUACGAGGACAGCAACGUGUGGCACGACAUCUCAGACUUCCUCAUCUACAACAAGAGCAGCCCCUCCAAGUAACAGCGUCCCCAAGGUGCUUAUGGGAACGCCUCCACCUGAACAACUUCCAGGCAGCGUCCAGUGCUGCUCCAAGUCUGGCUCCAUCAGCAAACCCUCCUAGAGGAUCUUGCCACCUCACAGUCACGGGCCUCACACUCCAACGCGUGUUAGCCCAGGGGUCCAUGGGCUAGAAUCAAAACACUGAUUUUCACAUCCCAUAGGUGCUUUUGAAUGGUGCAGCAGGUGGCUGGCUCAGCUUGAGGACUCUUAGCCUUGGUUUCCAGCCUCGCUGCUGAGCUUGUGAGGCCCCAGCAAGUCUUACCUUCUCUGGGCCACAGGGCACAUUAGCUUAAAGGAAGACUCUCCUAGAGGAGGGUCUCUUUCUGAUGGGUACAAAUCAUUCUUCCACUAUGCUUAGUAUCAGGGCUCCUUGCUGGUGGGCAGUGGGUUGCAAAUACUUUUUUUUUAAAAUACUGUUUCUUGUCUCAGGUGCUCUAAUUGGAGUUCUAGAGCUCACUGUCCCUUAGAAAAAGCCUGAUAUGUGUGAGGCUCUAGGUUCUGUCUCCAGCACUGCAGAAAAAAAUUUUUUUUGUGUUUAUUUUCUAGCAUCUACUUUUUUAAAAAUACAAAAGAGGCUGACUCAGGAGGAUCUCAAGUUCCAGGCCAGCCUGGGCUACAUAGCAAUGUGACAUUCAUCUUAGUUCUAUAUUUUAGCUUAAUAUGCUCAAAUACUAUUUUUAACAUACAAUUACAUAAAAAUUGAUGAAUUAUUUUAUAUUUUUUUUUCUUGUCCUAAGCCAUAGCACAUAAAGCUAGUAGCUUUCUGCCAGGUAAUACAGAUUCUGACACUUGAGAGGGUAGUGCACAUUGUAGACCUACGGCUACAGUGGAGGAGGCUCUUCACCGUUCAGAGCCUCAGUUUCUCAUAAAAUGAGAGUAACCAUAGUCACCGCAGGUGUGCAUAUUGAACCUUUAUGACUAUAGCUGCUGCCUUCUGCCAGUGGCUUCCUGACUCCUGACUCCUUUGCACAUGUCAUCUUUUUUUUUUUUUUUUCAGUUAGUUGUGGGGC